UCCUGUCAUGUUGCCGUACAAACCUGCAGGGAGCACCGAACUAUUCUACAUGCCAAAGGCAGGGGCAAAGAGCCAAACUGCCCAGCUGGAUCCUGAGAGCAGCAGUGAAAGCUUGCAGACAGAUUCACGGCAUACACGUCCUACUAGAAUCCUGACUGAGGGCCUGGACGUCAGGAGCUGCGGUCAAUCCAGGAAGCCAGUGAAGCAGCAAGGCAGAGCAUUGAGCAAAGCAGCAGCCUCGAAGAAGCCCAGGGAGGAGGAGAAAAUGAGAUUGUUUGAAAGAGGUAUCCGGCGACCACAGAGUUCCCUCACCCCUGGCGCAGCAACUUUACCGUCGAGAAUGUUGUUGCAAGAUACAGGCGACGGUGACAUUAUCACCAGUGGUCCCCUCCAGCAUGACGUCAGAAAUUCCCUGGAGUCCCAGACCAGAGACUCUCCACGUUACGCUGAGAGAAGGCAGCGAGCAUCACAGCAGGAGUUGAGCAGCAGGGGUUCGCGAUCAUAUCCAGCCGUCCGUCAAGCCCAGAGGCAUCGGGGGGGUGAAUGGAGGCAUCCUGCCCCCUCACGUGUGGAACAGACAGAGGUGGCUACCAGCAGGUCCCGGCAGGGUAACUCUCGGGGUCAGCUUUGCCUUGGAGGCGACGUGGCUGAUCGUGUCAGCCGCCGAACAGAGGGAUUCCAGUGUCAGCCUGGUGCCCGAGAGGCAGUGAGAUACAGCAGCCUGGACAAACUGUGGCAGAAAUUUAAGGAGAGGCAUGAACAGUACAAGAGUCUGGCUUCAAGCAGUGCCAGUGAGCUGUCCCUGCUCGAGCGUUUGGAUGAACUAGCCCGGAUGCUGAAAAACCCAGUACAUCACUCUCUCCUCUGUGCUGAGAGGAGGGCUGGACAGCGCAGGCUGGGAGAGAGGGGGAGGAGGCAGAGAGCUUGGGAGGAUCCAGUCAGGGAUCUGUAUGAUCUUGCUGCCACACAACCUGACAGGUCUGACUCCCUGGAGAAAAUCUCCACUGAUCGCAUCAAGUUGAUCCUGGACCAUCGGCAGUACAGGGGUCUGCAGAGUGGCAGCUUGGCUGCUGUAUCCACAACAGAGUCAGACACCACGGUCCCAGCCGAGACAGAUCCUCAGACACAGACGGAGACAGGAAGCACUGUCUCAACGAUCGACACAGACCGUUUGAUCAGGGCCUUUGGACCUGAGCGUGUCACAGUCCAGCCUCUCCCCCGCUUGUAUGGCACGAUUGAAAGGCAGAAAGAGAGCUCGAUUCACAGGAGAGGGAGGUUAAGGAGGGCAGAGAGCAGGUCUCGAAGUGUUCCAGUUGACCAGCAUGUCUCCACAAGCACUUCCGACCCUUUGUCUGCUGACAGCCCCUCUCACCCACUGCCCCGAGGGCCCUCCAGCAAACUCAUCAAUAAGAAGUGCACCAGGCUGGUCAGCCAGGGGGUACAAACAGAGUCUCUGGAAGGUGUCCCAAGCACGUCAGGAAGAUUGACUCGGGAUGUGGGUGUGACCUACCCUUCGCCUGAUUCAAACCCGAGCCUGAAACGACCAGCUACAGUGGGUAGUCACCGACAUCACUCAGUGUCUCCCACUGCCCGCUGCUCCUCCAGUACCAGGGACAGGAAGAAGAAGAGCUCUCACACUGAGCGGAGACCUGGCAAAACGGGCAGGACAUCAGCUGGACCAGCCUGGUUUAUUCCUGCUGCCGAACUGAAGUGCAGCUGGAGGAAGGAGAAUGUUCCAAGAUGGUGUCACAGUUCAACUUCAAGUUGGAUUGAUUUGGUCCCACCCUCCAGUGUGGGGCGGGUGCCCCUUCGUGAGAAGCACCUUCAGCAGCAGUGGGCCAGUGAAACUGUGAACGGCUGGAACUCUGAACCUGCUCUGUCUGACACUGCAGCCAAGCACCCUUCCCCACUCGUCCGCCUCACCUUAAAGGAGGCCUUACACAUGAACAGACCAGAUUUUAUCUCCCAUUCUCGGCAACGGGUGAGGCGCCUGGAGUUGUUGACGGAAGAGAGGAAGAUACAGAGCAUCCUGCAGAGUGAGCGAGAGAGACUUUUUAACCAGCCCCAAGAGAGAGGCCGCAGGAGCAGGAAGGGCUGUGCACUGGCUGAUGCCAUUCUACUGAAGAAGAAAAUCCCAAAGAGGGAGAUGUUCGAUCGGUCCAAGCGUCUGUACGAGCAGCUUCCUGAGGUCACCAGGAGAAAGGAAGAGGAAAAACGCAAAAGGGAAUAUCAGACCAACAGACUAAAGGCUCAGCUGUACAAGCAGAAGAUCACAAACCAUGUGUUGGGAAGGAAGGUAUCCUGGCAGUGAGCAGAGCCUGGUUCUAGAGAUUUCAUCCUUACUGUGAAAACUACUCAAAUGUAAAUAAAGAUAUUUAAAUUAAAA